AUGAGGUGCCUGUGGUUUAUCGCGGCUUUAAGUCUUUUCCAUUUAGGGUUCGCCGUUGAUCAGAAGAAGUCAGCUAUCAUUUGGUUUGAUAACCCAGAUACCCCUGCCGCUAUUAUGAACCAGGUCAAGGACAGUAUUUUGAAAGCUGGAGGUAAAAUCACACAUACAUACACUAUCAUCAAUGGGUUUGCCGUAAUCGCACCAGCAAAUGCGCUCGCCUCUGUCCAAACAUUAGGCGUAGAGCACUCGAUUCGCGUGGAAGAAGACGAGACAGUAUCAUCUCUAUAA